CUGGAAAUACGCCUUUGAGUGGAUAUCAUUACCUACCUACUGCCCUGCUGAUACAUAAGAGUCUCUCUACUUUUUUGGGACUUUGUGUUACCUAUUGGAGCCAUUUGAUUACAGCAUUAAGAAAUCUGAUCUGGGGUGAGCUGCUACACCUGCCUAAAAUUUGCAGCUUGUUUCUACCAGCACAUAAGUGUGCUCAUGGAGUAUGUGAGUAACCAUCUGUACCACUGAAAAUAUUGUUUGUUAUAUUUUUAACAGUCUGCACAUGUAGUGCUUUUUUUCUGUGUCUCCUUUUCCAUCUCCAGCAUCACAGUACUACCUGAGAGGUGAGCUGCCACACCUAUUUGAAUCUGCAGCCUGCUACUACCAGCACAUUGGUGUGCUUGUGAAGUGUGUAUAGUGAAAAUGAAAGCUAUUAUCUUGGCUGCUGGUUAUGGUACAAGACUCCUUCAAGACCUUCAGAAGGACAGUAACGAAAAAUUGAAGCAUCUGAUUGGAAUCCCAAAACCUUUGCUUCCAGUUGGGCAGCUCCCACUUAUAUCAUAUUGGGUGAAAGCCUUGAAAGAAACAGAUGAUAUCUUGGAUAUUUUUGUGAUUACCAAUGCUUUGUACUACAGUAAAUUUGAAGAAUGGGCACAAAACUGUAGUUCAGUAACAGUUAUAAAUGAUGGAACUUCCAGUAAUGAGGGGCGUUUAGGUGCUGUAUCGUGUUUGCAGUUGGUCAUUGACAAUUUCAACGUUAAUGAUGACGUUAUAGUCAUUGGAGGGGAUACCUUGUUUUUUGAAGACUUCCAUCUUCGAGAAAUUUUAUCAAAAUUUAAAACCCUUUAUACAGACAGCCAAGAGACAAACUUAGUCCUCUCGUACCCCUGCAAGAAUGAAGAAACAAAAAAGUAUGGCAUUCUGGAAACAGAUGAAAACUUGAAAGUCACUGCACUGCUGGAAAAGCCAUCUGCUGAGGAUACAACAUCAAGACAAGCCUGUCCAUGUUUUUAUGUGUUCUCAAAACACACACUACAUCUUGUACAAGUGUUUCUUGAGGGGAAAAAGAGCUCACCACUAGAAGAAAAAGAUGCUCCUGGUAAUCUUUUAUCAUGGCUUGUAAAAAGAAAACCGGUUUAUGUUCAUAAAAUAUCUGGUCGCUUCGAUGUUGGGAAUUUGGAGUCCUAUUUAAUAUGCAACAAAUAUUUCCAGGAAAAGCUGAAGAACAUGCCAACUUACCUUCAAUGACAGAGGAUAUUUAAGAGCCUAGCAAUUGUACAAUAGAUCAAAGAGCUGUAUUAGAUAGUAAUGUAAUGUACAGGUCGUGCUAAAAAGAAGCAUGAUAAAAUGAAUGUUACUGUCAUUCAACCUGCCUUAAAGGAAUAGGAAACCCAAAUUUUUUCUUUCAUGAUUCAGAUAGAGCAUUUGAUUUUAAACAACUUUCUCCAACAUUGGU